UCCAUCAUGGCGGCGCCCAUGCGGUAACGUGACGGCAGAGAAAUCCACAGCGCACUCGCUUCAUGCAUAUCCAGGGGAAUUCAUAUAUUAUUAGUUCUGGGUUUGUCUUUAAAACUAACAGAAUAUAACAGUAGCGUCCACGUGAAGGAGGAUUUACGGGCGUUGUGUCUUUAUGCUGGUGCAGACGGCCCGUCUGUUGCCCCUCGUCGCCCCCCGUCGCCUCCAUCACUCCUGCAGCCGCUCUGCCAGGCGGGUGCUGCAGUGGACCGGUGGCCGAUCGGCCGCUGCCAGCAGAGGACUGACAUCCAUGGACCCCGAGGCCCCCGUCACAGACCCCGCACCCCCAGAGGCCCCGGCGGGCGGCCCCGCUGUGGGGCUUCUACCCGGGGAGACGGUGGUCAAGGAGGGGAAGGCAUCGAUUUUGUUUCCAAGCGCCAACGAGGUGUUUUACAAUCCGGUCCAGGAGUUUAACCGAGAUCUGACAUGUGCCGUGAUCACAGAGUUCGCCAGAGAAGUGCUGGCCGAGCGCGGCGUCCAGCUGGCGGUGCCGGGGGAGAAGGAGAGGGUGGUGGUGUCGCUGGCGGAGGAGGCCGGGGGGCAGGAGGGGCAGGAGGGGCAGGCAGAGCAGGUGGAGGAGGCCAACGGGGCGGAGGAGCCGGCCGUGGUGGCAGCAGUCGGGGAGAAGUGUGAGCUCGGCCUUCGCGUCCUGGAGGCUCUGGCGGCGUCGGGGUUGCGGUCGGUGCGUUUCGCCCUGGAGGUCCCCGGCCUGCAAAGCAUCACCGCCAACGACUUCUCCGCCAAGGCGGCGGCGCUGAUCGGCAGGAACGCCGAGUUCAACGGGGUGGGCCACCUGCUGCGGGCCAGCUGCCGGGACGCCAGCAUGCUGAUGUACGAGAUGCGGGGGAAGAAGGAGCGCUACGACGUGAUCGACCUGGACCCGUACGGCAGCCCCGCCUGCUUCCUGGACGCCGCCGUGCAGGCCGUCGGCGAGGGAGGGCUGCUGUGCAUCACGUGCACCGACAUGGCGGUGAUGGCGGGAAACAGCGGAGAGACCUGCUACAGCAAAUACGGCUCCGUCUCCAUUAAAGCCAAGUACUGCCAUGAGAUGGCCCUUCGGAUCAUCCUCCACAGUCUGGACCAGCGAGCCGCCGUGUACCAGCGCUACAUCCAGCCGCUGCUGUCCGUCAGCGUCGACUUCUACGUCCGGGUGUUUGUUCGCGUCUUCACAGGGCAGGCCACAGUCAAGAACUCAGCCAGUAAACAGGCUCUAAUCUACAACUGCGUGGGCUGCGGCUCUUUCCACUUGCAGAGGAUGGGCAGGAGGACCAGCGAUGGGAAACAUAUGAAGUAUUCCGCUGCCACGGGACCCCCGGUGGGACCGGAGUGUGAGCACUGUGGACAGAGACACCAGAUGGGCGGUCCUCUGUGGGCGGAGCCUAUCCACGACUCCGCCUUCGUGCAGAAGGUUCUGUCGGCCGUGUCAGGGAACCCGUCCAGAUUCGGGACGUCCAAACGGAUCGAGGGCGUGCUCAGCAUGGUGACGGAGGAGCUGGAAGACGUCCCUCUUUAUUACACUGUGGACAACCUGAGCAGCACCAUUCACUGCAACACCCCCCCUCUGCUGCAGUUCAGGUCGGCUCUCCUCCAUGCCGGCCACCGGGUUUCUCUCUCUCACGCCUGUAAGAACGCCAUCAAGACAGACGCUCCCCCGGCGGCCAUCUGGGACGUGAUGCGCUGCUGGGAGAAGAUGAACCCUGUGAAGAGGGAGAAGCUGUCGGCCACCAGCCCCGCCUUCAGGAUCCUGUCCUCCGAGCCCAGCCUGCAGGCCUGCUUCACGGUCAGGCCGGACGCCAACCCUCAGUCUCGAAAACGCCACCUGACCCGCUUCCAGGAGAAUCCUCAGGCCUUCUGGGGCCCCAAAGCUCGAGCCAAAUCCGGUGGCGGCAUCGCUUCAGACCUGCAGGACAAGAGGAAGAAGUUCCAGAACAAGAGGAAGAACCAGACCAGCGACUCGUCUCAGCUGAAGAGCUUCCCCUGCAAGAAGUUCAGACAGGGGUCGUGCUCCCAUGGAGACUCCUGCUGCUACUCCCACGAGCCGGAGGAGCAGAAGACGGACUAAUCCCUCCUCCUCCUCCUCUUUUCUUUUAUUUUGUGUUUUACCGACCCAGUGAAGGGCUCAGGAAGUCUGCAUUUGCUCGAGAACAGUUUGAAGAAAUACUUCGUGUACAUAAAAUCUCCAUUUUUUCUGCCAAAGGUUGUUUUUUUUUUGACUUGGAAAAUCCAUCAAUAAAGUCCUUAUUGUGACUUU